AUGUCUAAACGGGAAAUCGCUAACGAACUUCAUAAACCAGCAAGGAAAAAUUUCACUAGGCGUCGAGUUAACGUCUAUGGAAAAAAUGAUUUAUGGCAAGCUGACUUGGUUGAAAUGAUACCAUAUUCAAAAGUAAAUGGUGGUUACAAAUACAUCCUGGUUGUAAUUGACUGUUCUACGAAAUUUUCUUGGGCGAAACCGUUAAAGUCUAAGACAGGUAAAGAAGUUACUAGCGCGAUGGCUACAAUAUUAGUCGAACGUUCACCAAAACUUUUACAACUCGAUAACGGAAAAGAAUUUUACAACACCACUUUUGACGCUUUGAUGAGCAAGUAUGGCAUACACAAAUAUUCAACUUUCAGUAUUCUAAAGGCUAGCAUCGCAGAAAGGAUGAAUCGUACUUUGAAAGGGAGAAUGUAUAAGGAGUUUACUGCACGUGGCUCUCACGAAUGGGUUUCAAUUCUACCAAAGUUGCUCGACGAAUACAAUAAUUCACCACACAGGACGAUAGGAAUGACACCAAUACAAGCAGAUUCCGACCCCGCCUCAGUGGUAAUAAAACAGCGUAAAAUUAAUAAUGAAAAAAUUAAAUUCAAAGUCGGUGAUAAAGUUCGUAUAAGCACACAGAAAGGCGUAUUUACAAAAGGUUAUUUACCAAACUGGUCUACGGAAAUAUUCGAGAUUAUCAAAAUAAAUAAAACAUUGCCCGCUACUUAUCAGUUGCAAGAUUAUAUGAGUAACCCUAUUGCCGGUUGUUUUUAUUCUUCGGAAAUAAGCAAGACCGAUUUCCCAAACGAAUAUUUAAUCGAGAAAAUUAUUCGCAAAAAGGGCGAUCAAAUUUCUCAGGUGAGUGACACUAGGAGAAUUAUUUCAGAUAUUCAGUCAAGUAACAAAACGAUACUAAAUGAUACGAAACUCCAACAGAAAGAAAUUGAUACUUUGAAAAGUAAUAUUGUUAAUCUACAUGAUAAGAUACAAUUGUUGGAAAAUAAUAUACAAACAAGUAAUAAGUCUUUAUUAAAUUGCGAAAAUCGUAUGUCGGAGCUAUUUAAUAACUGUGCUGAAACUAGUACAGCAAUCGCUAUCCAGGGGCUUGACGUGGCUCAAUUAAAAGCUGAAGUAAAUCGUAUAACUGGAAUAUUUGAUGAAAAUUCAUUACCGAAUCAUGGAACAUAUAUUUCAGAUUUAAACUCACGUUUAGAGAUCAUUGAAGGCAAAAAAAUUAAGAAAACUUAA